AUGAAAACCAAAGCAUUGCCCGCCCCUUGCGCUACAGCACCACCGGCAACGACCCCAUCCCCAGAUCCCCACCGCGAGCCCUAUUCCCCACCCGAAACCACCCACCUGAUGUCGGGUCAGGUGCUCCUCGACGCCAAGCACCAGGUCUUCCCCGUGAUCGACCAAGAAGCCCCGAAUACCGGGCGCAUUGCCCUGUACUCCUUCCAGUUAAACGGAGAGAUAGCGGCCUCGACGCGCCUGCAGCCGUGGCCCAUGGGGGCUGAGAUGCCCUGGUGUGCAUGCAAGGCUGGAAGACUCCACAUGGACCUGUCAUUGCUCGACAUCGUCGACUUCGUCCGGCAAUAA